AUGGCAACUUUGAAGUGCAAACUUACUAAGAAUUUUGCUUCAGAGAAGGUGGUGGUUCACAAUAAGAUCUCCAUUAUAGGAACUGGAUCCGUUGGCAUGGCCUGUGCUAUCAGCAUCCUAUUAAAAGGCUUGAGUGAUGAACUUGCCCUUGUGGAUGUCAAUGAAAGCAGACUGAGGGGUGAGACACUGGAUCUUCAGCAUGGCAGUCUCUUCAUGAAAAUGCCAAAUAUUACUUCCAGCAAAGAUUACCAUGUCACUGCGAACUCCAACAUAGUGAUUAUCACAGCAGGAGCACGUCAGGAGAAGGGAGUUAACAUUGCUGGUGUAGCUCUGACGAAUCUAGGAAGUGAUAAAGAUUGGGAACAGUGGAAAAAUAUUCAUAAAGAAGUGAUUGCCAGUGCCUAUGAGGUUAUUAAAAGGAAAGGUUACACUUCCUGGGCCAUUGGCCUAUCUGUAGCUGAUUUAGCAGAAAGCAUUUUGAAGAAUCUUAGAAGAGUGCAUCCUGUUUCCACCAUAGUUAAGGACCUCUAUGGAAUAAAGGAAGAAGUUUUCCUCAGUAUUCCUUGUAUCCUGGGAGAGAAUGGCAUUACAGACAUUAUAAACUUAAGUUUAACCCCUGAAGAGGCGGCUCAUUUAAAGAAGAGUGCAGAAACACUUUGGGCAAUUCAGAAGGAGCUCAAGCUUUAA